AUGAGAAUUCUCAAUCGUUUACUUAUUCAAUCAACAUUUCGAUAUCAUUAUCGUACAAAUACAGUAAAAGCUCAAAAAAAAUCGAAUACAUUUAAUUUAGAAUAUGAUCCAAUAAAACAAACUAUAAUCUAUCCACCGGAAUUACUUAUUAAUAAUAAAAAUUAUCCAACUGAUUCUUGGACAAAUGUUAAUCCACAUAUUCUCUCACGUCUAGGUCAAAAUUUACAUCGACAAAAAAAUCAUCCACUUUAUCAUUUAACAAAUCGUAUUCGUCAAUAUUUUUAUCAACAAAAAGAUCCAAGAAAACAAUCACCAAAAUUUUCUAUCAUAGAUAAUCUUUCACCAAUUGUAACUGUUCAACAAAAUUUUGAUUCAAUUUGUACACCAAAUGAUCAUGUUAGUCGAACAAAAUCAAUGAAUUAUUAUAUUAAUAAAGAUACACUUUUUCGAGCACAUACAUCAGCUCAUCAAGUUGAUUUAAUACGUUCAGGUUUAAAUGCAUUUCUAUGUAUUGGAGAUGUAUAUCGAAGAGAUAGUAUUGAUCCAACACAUUAUCCUAUUUUUCAUCAAUGUGAAGGCGUACAAUUAUUUAAUAAAGAAGAAUUAUUUAUGGAAAAUAGAAAUGUUCGUGGAGAAAAAGAUAAUUUACAGAUUUUUGCACCAAAUGAAUAUCGUGAUGCUACGAAACAAGAAGGACAUACACUUGAAGCAGUUAAAUUAGUUGAAGCAUCUCUUAAACAAACUAUAACUGAUCUAUUUAAAACACUUUUUCCCAAUGCAUCAACAUUAAAUUCUCGAUGGAUUGAUGCUACUUUUCCAUUUACGCAUCCAUCAUGGGAAUAUGAAAUAGAAAUCGAUGGGAAAUGGUAUGAAUUACUUGGUUGUGGUAUUAUUGAACAAAGUGUCUUAGAAAAUAGUGGUUUAGGUAAAGAUUAUAUUGGUUGGGCAUUUGGUCUUGGUUUAGAACGUAUUGCAAUGAUUAUGUAUGGUAUUCCAGAUAUUCGUUUAUUUUGGUCGACUGAUUCAGGUUUUCUAUCACAAUUUCAAUUUGAAGAUUCGACACGUCCUGUUCAAUAUAAACCAGUUAGUGCAUAUCCACAAUGUAUUAAUGAUUUAUCUAUGUGGAUGAAUAAAACAAGAAUUGAUCCAUUAGAUUUAUAUGAUUUAGUACGAUCUAUUGGAGGUGAUUUAAUUGAACAAGUUCUAUUAAUUGAUGAAUUUUAUCAUGAGAAGAAAGACAAACAUUCUCAAACUUAUCGUAUUAUUUAUCGUUCUAUGGAUCGAACAUUAACAAAAAAUGAAAUCAAUAUGAUACAUAAAGAUAUUGAAAAUCAUUGUCAAAAACAAUUUGAUGUUGAAAUCCGUUAA